GACCGUUGGGCCUCCAUCUAACCAUCUCUCUUCAUUAUCCACAUCUAUCUCCAUUCAUCCAAAUAAAAACAAUCACCCACGAAAACACAAAAACAACUCUACAACUCAAAACUAACCCAAUUUUCCUACAAAAUUUAAUCACUGAGCUUCAAAUUAAUGGCUUCCAUACCAAACCCAGUUUCUUUAAUUUAUCAAAAAACAUUACACAGAACUUGUUAUACUAAACCCACUUCAAUUAACACCACCAUUAAAGCCAUGGCUAAAGAGCUCCACUUUAACCAUGAUGGUUCUGUCACUAAGAAGCUUCAGGCAGGGGUGAAUUUGGUGGGAGAUUUGUUAGGGGUGACAUUGGGUCCAAAAGGAAGAAAUGUGAUUUUGCCAAAUAAAUAUGGACCUCCCAAGAUUGUCAAUGAUGGUGAGACUGUUCUUAAAGAGAUUGAGUUGGAGGAUCCUCUAGAGAAUGUUGGAGUAAAGUUGGUGAGACAAGCCGGUGCUAAAACUAAUGAUCUUGCUGGUGAUGGUUCAACAACGUCGAUUGUUCUUGCUCGUGGUCUCAUUGAUGAGGGUGUGAAGGUCAUUGCAGCAGGCAGGAAUCCUAUCCAGAUUUCACGUGGGAUCGAGAAAACAGCAAAGGCCCUUGUUUCUCAGCUUAAACUAAUGUCUAGGGAGAUUGAAGAUCAUGAAAUUGCAGAUGUGGCUGCUGUUAGUGCAGGAAAUGAUUAUGAAGUAGGCAAUAUGAUUGCUGAAGCUGUUGCAAAAGUAGGAAGGAAAGGAGUUGUGAGAGUUGAGAAAGGAACAUACACAGAAAACAAACUGCAGAUUGUAGAAGGAAUGCAGUUUGAUCGCGGGUACUUGUCUCCUUAUUUUGUCACAGAUCGACGAAAAAUGACAGUAGAGUAUGACAAUUGCAAGAUUCUUUUGGUGGACAAAAAGAUCACUCAUCCUAAGGAGGUGUUCAAAAUGUUAGAAAAUGCGGUUCAGGGAGAUUUUCCAAUUUUGAUCAUUGCAGAGGGCAUAGAGCAGGAAGCUAUGGCUCCAAUAAUCAGGAACAAACUAAAAGGUGCUCUGAAGGCUGUUGCUAUCAAGGCUCCUGCCUUUGGAGAACGUAAAAGUCAUUGCUUGGAUGACAUUGCUAUAUUGACAAGAGGAACUGUGAUCAGAGAUGAUAUAGGCCUCAACCUAGAAAAGGCGGGAAUAGAUGUAUUAGGAACUGCUACUAAAGUGAUCAUAACCAACAAAUCUACUUUAAUUGUUACUGAUGGAAGUACAAGGCAAGCUGUUGAGAAGAGAGUUUCCGAAAUCAAAGCAUAUGCUGAGAAUGUCGAAGAAAAUUUUCAACGGAAAAUUCUGCAUGAGAGAAUAGCAAGGUUAUCUGGGGGUAUUGCUAUCAUAGAGGUGGGAGCUCAAACACAGAUUGAGCUGAAGGAUAAACAUCUAAGGAUUGAAGAUGCUUUGAAUGCAACUAAGGCAGCUAUUGAAGAAGGUGUUGUGGUUGGUGGAGGAUGUUGUCUUUUACGGCUUUCAUUGAAGAUUGAUGAAAUCAAAGAGCAGCUAGAUAAUGAGGAGCAAAAGGUUGGAGCAGAGAUCUUCAGACAGGCUUUGGCCUACCCAAUAAAAAAGAUAGCAGAAAAUGCAGGCGUUAAUGGCAGUGUGGUUGUGCAAAAGGUUCUUGCUAAUGAUAACUUGAGAUAUGGGUACAAUGCUGCACGUGACUGUUAUCAGGAUCUAAUGGAAGCUGGGAUUAUAGAUCCUACAAAGGUAGUCAGGUGCUGUUUGGAGAAUGCAGCAUCGGUUGCAAAAACAUUUCUUACGUCAGAUGCUGUAGCUGUUGACAUUAAGGAAAAACAACCAUUUCCGAGGAGACCUCCAAUGCCACCAAUUCCCAUGUCAGGUAAUUUACCACCAUUUUCGAAAAGACCUCCAAUGCCCAUGUCAGGUAAUUUACCACCAUUUCCGAGGAGACCUCCGAUGCCACCAAUGCCCAUGUCAGGUGUCGGGCCUCUUGGGAUGUAAUCGAUUUACAUACAAUACGGAUGUGUCUUUAUCACAUAGCAGCCAAAUUUGAUUUUUUUUUUUUCCCGAGUUAGAACUAGAGAUGAUCCUCAAUCCCCAAAUGGAAAUUCUUCUCUAACAAUCAAGCUUCAGAGAGUUAUGCUGCAUUACAUGAUCAUCAUGAAGUUACAGAUGAUGGCCUUCUGCAGUGCCAACUGGUAUCAGAGUUUCUCUGAAAGAACUAAGAUUAAGGGUGGUAGCUAAUGUAUCAUUCAUUCGUAAAUCAAAAUAUUUUGAUGUUUGUACAUACUCUGAUCUGUAUGUAAAUCAAUAGCACUGUGCAGUCUGCAAAGUUUAAUAUUCCAAAAUAUAAACUGAUUGUGCAUUA